UGACUCUCACAAAAUUCUCUAUUAAUUUUUUUUUAAUUUCCUGCGGUAUGUGUCUUGUAGUUACAUUAAAUCUUGAAGGCUUCAGCUGUCCUGUGUUCCUCCUAUUUCCAUCUGUCAACCAGUUAAAGCUGUGAGGCUGAGCAAGCUCAAAGAUGCCUUUGAGCCUUCUUUUGAAGAUUGCUCUGAAGUCUUCUGGCUCUGUAGUUCUGAGUUUAAAAAUGCACAAUCUGACGUGCACGUGGGCACAAUGACAUUUGGAUACUUUAAUGAGCACGAGGUAUUGAUGAAGCUGGUGACUGCAGCUGGAGGGUGCUCAGCUAAAGCCCCUCUGUCUUGCUAGCUCCCCAAAUGCGGAGCUUUAAACUUAUACAGAUUAUAGCUGUUAUAUCUAUCAUUUACUGUGAAUUAUUAUAGUCUAACCUCUGAAAAAGGUGUUAAAUGAAGAGACUUGCACUUGCUCUGUUGGGGUCGCUGCAACUUAAGCAUAAAAUUUGGCUCUGGUGGGGCUACAAUGUCUUGUGGGUUGGAGAGGAUGACAGAGGUUGCGGUGGGAAGAGCCAAGUGCCCGUAAAAACACUGGGAGACCUCGCUAAACUUCCUUUGAUGGGGUUUUCUCUAGUCGCCUGUUCUGAAUUUUCUCCUCCUUCCCAGCUGAAAGCUUCUCUCGCUUGGGAGUUUUAUUGUGCUGAAGGCUUUUAUUCUAAGAAGGCACGUGAUGGAAUGACAGCAGCAUCUCUCGGGGAAGCACAUGAGUAUUUCUAGCACAAUGCCCACAGCGUUAUCAAGGAGAUGCUUUGCAUUUCACUUCCCCAUUUUGGUCAGUGGUUCAGUGCUUGAUGAGCAGAGCACAAAGCACUGAGGGAACCAGGUUGGUGAGCUAGGGAUGCCUCCAGAAACUGGUAGGAAUUUGGAGAAAUACAGUCACUGGCCGUGUGCUGGCCAGCACAUCCAGUUUGCUUUGUGAGAAGCAGCAGGGAUUUUAGGAGUGGGCUUUAGAAGCGGGCUCUGGGCAUGGCAAACCUUGCAUCUGGUUUGGUGGUUCUGUUGCAACAGGUUGCUUUCGUAAUACUUACUGGGAGGUGUUAUUUUAUCCUCGAGUUCUCUAAACACUCUUAGCACCAAAACAAUGUGAUUUAUGAAAUGCAAUGAAUACAAAGCUCGUUUUUUAGGAGCAUUAGGUCUUAAUCAUACAUGGUUGUGAAUCCGCAGUGAAGUAGCAGCUGCUGAGAGGAGUAUCUGACUUCCUUCCUUGUUAGUAUUUAAAACUCUCCAGGCUUAGUGAGCUUUUCCCUUAUUCUGCCUCCACCUGCAUUCAAAUUAUACUUCAUUUUUGUUCCUUCUUGCCUGUCCCGUAGGCUGCAUGGCAUUCAUUUUCCUUGCAUGUGGCUUUACUGGUGUUUGAGGAGUGCAGGAUUUUUUCUUGGCUGCUUGAGACCAGCAGAAAAGCCCCUGGUGCCCCUUCAGUUUCGCAAACAAACCUUGAAUAAGGGCACAAAGGUGAAGAAAUUGGGGGACUGCCCCCCCUCAUCCUGAGGUCUUGCAGAGGGACCUGCUCUGAAGCAUAAAAGUACUUUCCAUGCUCGUGUGGCUACUUGGGUUUCCGCUUUAAGAUGAAGAUUACCAGAGGAAUAACUUAAACUAGCCCUGCUGCGAGACUUGUACUUACUCUCUGGCAGCCUGAUAUUUAAAACAAAUGUCAGAACAAGCUCCUGGGGUGGUGGCUUGCAAUCCAAACUGCACGUCGGGGGGGGGCAUAAACCAGUGAGUAGCUGACUUUGUAAAGAAGGAGCACUCAGCUGUAUGUUUGCUGUCGGUUAUGCAGGGUGUCUUCUCGGCUGCUGCCUCUCAUUGAACGUCAGAGCUGAAACCAUCUACCCAUGAAAACAGCUUGCUCAGUGCUGGGCACUUCAUGGUGUAGAUUCUUCACUGAAGUCAUUUAUUUCACCAAAUGUGUGGGUUUGAAGGUGUUUCAGUACAAACAUGGUCUCUGACUUCUUUUGCCUUUAAUUCCUGAGAACUUGUUGCUUCUGGUGAGCUGUACUCAGUCUGCUUUUGAGCAGGAGGGUCCUUAAUGUGAGCGCUGAGGGUGGCGGGGCACGGGGCGUGGGUACAGGAAUAGGGAUGCACGCACCCCUAUGCUCUGAAACACAAGCCUGAAAGUGGUAAAUGUCUCCUGGGCUGCAUAAGUAAUAGCAGUUGUGAAAAAUUAAGUUUAAAAAUGGGAACUGGCUGUCUUGAUCCCUUGAUGUCAGUAUUUUACCUAGUCAAACCGAAGCACGGUUCAUAUCGGGUUGUUGGCUUGCCCGUAAGGAAGGAAAAUGAUACAGCUUAAUCUUUAAAAUAUGUCUUGGCAAAACAAAUCUGACAGGUAUGUCUUCCUACUGUAAACAGGAUUUGGGAUCUGGAUUCUUGUGCAAAUUACCUUUUGACAGUCGUUACUAAGCCAGUGCUUCCAAAAACCAAUAAAUGUUUUUUGUCCUUGUUAUAUUAAUAACUCAGUCCCUUGAUUAUACUGAAGCCUGUGAAGGACCUUACAAAGGGAUAUCCAUGUUUAAAAUAAAGUUCUUUCAAGUGAGAAAUAGAAAACCAAAUUCUAUUAGCCCCUAAUUUUGCAAAGUAAUUAAAAAUCCUUGGCCUGCCCCAUUCCACCCAUCUGUUAGCAGUAGGUAUAGCAGAGAGGAUAUAAGCCUCGCUGCUAAUUUUAGCCUGGUGCCGGGGGGGUGCAUGCCUGCGUGGGUGCACGCAGCGUGGCAUCCUUCCCCCUGCAGAGGGGCCAUGGAUGCGACUCCCAUCUCCCAAUUUGUCCCUUGGCUGGAGGAGGUCUCAAGACAUGUUGCUGUCUGGCUUUUGCAGCACCUUUGAACGCUGGUGUCGCAGGGCUUGGCGAUCCUGGAAGCGGUGAGGGUAAGAAGUCACGGCAGAAGAUGAACCAAAGGUGCUGCGUUGGUGAAAAUGGCUGGAUGCUGAUUGAGCUCCGGCUGUGUGGUUGGCUCGGAGGGCAAACCUGCUCCGUGUGGGAGGUGGGGGUUAAUUCAUGGGAGGAGAACCCCUGCAAGAUUUUUAGAAGCUUCUGGUGUAACCCUAAGACAAGCCAGUCAUUUCUGCUGUAGCAAAAAUGCAGGAACCAGAAGGGCAGAACGGAGAGAAGCUUCAAAAUGGUGAAAUGGCAGCUGCACGCAGUGGCUUAAGUAAGGCUGUUGGCUGCUGCAAUUUAACGACUGGUAUUACAAGUUAAAAUGAGGUUCACGGGGGCUGUUUCAGAGCUGGGGUGUGCUGAGCUGAGCAGGGACACAAGUGCCCAAAGGGCUGCCCCACUGUCCCUGCACGGUGGUCCAGGAGCGGCCGUGGAUGAGGACGCCUGAAGCCACGUCUGAUAGCACGGGGUUAUCUCUUUGGCUUUCGACGAUGAUAUCUACUUAAGAAUGGUCAGCUUGGCUGCUUCCAACUACAGCAGCAUCCUGAAACUUUACACUUGUCCUCUUGGGUGCCUGCAGGUACAGCCCAUGGUGGGAAGGGAGAAAAUACUCUUGGCAAGCCAUCGGCAAGGUCCGGGUUCUUUAAUCUGGAGCUGUGAAUUAACCAGGUCUUUUCUUUCAGUUCAUAAGACGGGACAUGUAGGGAUUACCGGUGCUAUACAUAGAUUGCUCUUAGCUGUGUCCUGUUCUGCUGGGAACACUUAAGAGCUGUGUCCGCCUCGGGGCCGGGGAUCCUGCAUGCUGUUCGUCUGUUGUUGUUCACCCUCUGCAGAGUUUCACUUGGUGGGACACUGGCAGGACCAGAAGAGGCCAACCCUGAAGCUGGAAGCACUCAGAAAUUGGGUUUCCUCAGUGGGAAAUCCAUCGGAAAGGGUCUGUGUGUGGGCUGGCUACUGCUUCCCAGGGUGGGAGUCAAAAUGCAAUUCUGAAUGUAAUUUGUUGGGGUUUCUAUCUGAACACAAGGGGGGUUUUUUUGGUGGGCUUUUUUUAAGCGCAUGUGCAGCUCACCAGGGAUUCGGCUGUGGUGUUGGAUUGUGUGCGUCCGUGUGUGCGCAUGGAGAUAACAAACCAAGGCGUAAUCCAGAAUUCCUCUGCUUGAUAGCCCCUUAUCUCCGAGCCUGCGCUGCGUGUGGUUUCUCUCUUGGUGGGUCCCAUCGGAGGUGCUGGCUCUGUAAACACAGUUGCUGGUUUUCAUGUUGAAGAUCUGGGAGGGUCCUGCUUCACUGGCUCCUGAAAUAGCAGGGGGGAAGCACCCAAAAGUGAGCUCUGGCCAAGGACAUACAAAGAAGCAAACCCUCCAUAGCUUGUCAGGGAAAUAGCUGAUAUCGGCAAACAGGCACGUUUGAACUUUUUUCAGGAUACCGCUGAAAUUACAGCCUGCUCCGCAGAACUCAUUAACAUUUUAAUAUUGGAUCCUUUGAUUUCUCAUUGUCAGGCAGCACAUCGGUGAGGGUGUGUGUAAGGUAACCGGCAGCGCAUGUAUAGGUGUUGGUAUUCUGGUUUAGUGCUCCAGUUGCAUUUGGCAACGAGUGUUCUGUGAAAACGACUUAAAAUCCUUUGAAUUCCAGUGGAGCAGACCACAAGCAAGAAGUGUUCUCCUAGGUGAAGCUGCUUUGCACAGGAUACGUGACUCGAUGUUUUUUCACUGAAGCUAGCAGCUGCCAAAGUGAUCCUGUGCUGCCUAUUGAGCUGUGGAUUGGCUGCACGAGAAGAGCACUCAAGCUAAAGAAAAAAAAAAAGUGUGUGUAUAUAACAAUAAGUGCAGACUGCUCAAAAAGCAUUAAAUUCUGCGGCACGCUCCAAGUACUGCACCACCUAAUAAGUUCUCUACAGCAGUCGUACCGAGGAAUCUCGCAAGCCCCUCUCGGAGUGCAGCGAGGGAGCUGUGUUGCUGUAAAACGUUGGCUUGAGCGUGCAAACCAUUGAGUACCAACUGGAUUCGUGAGCCCUCUUUAUGCACACCUCGUUUGGAGGUUUGAGGGAGAGUGACUCGCUUAGCGUCCCUUGAGGACAGAAAAUAUUAUUUGCAAGCGUAGCUAAAAAUGAAGUUUCCUGUUGGCAGAGUGGGGAUGAGUCACCGUGGGCUUGAGUCGAGGGCCAGGAGCUUCCCUUCGCUGCAGCAGGUUUUUACUUUCAGAUGUGCUCUUCCACAGCAGCAGGCUCAGGUCUUUGUCACUUCUGUCCCUGUUACCGAGCAAACGAGGCGUGAUGCUCCGGAUGGGUCCGCACCACAGUGGUGAGCACACCCUGGUCGGUCCUGAGGGCAGCUGCACCUACCGCACCGUGGAGUUACUGGUGAGGGUCUAGCCAUGGCUCUCCCAGUCUGUCCAGUUACACCAGUAUCCUUUUACAGAACUACGUGCUUUUUUUUUUUUUUUGUACCAUUGCCUAUUGUCAUUGGUGUUAGCUCUGUUUUCCCUGUUCCUCGCCGUAUGUGGCACCUUUUUCUGCAUCCAGCCAGGUCUCCCCCAGGAGGGGAGGAAGACUGGGGACAUUACCAACUGCAUCAUGCCAGGAGGUUUGAGAACCAAGCAUAUAUCUGGGUCUCCAAGACACAAAAGUUUGAAGAAGAUGCACUUCAUCAAGAACAUGAGGCAGUAUGACACCAAGAACAGCAGGAUAGUGUUAAUCUGUGCUAAACGAACGCUGUGCGUGGCUUUUUCUAUCCUACCUUACGGGGAGAGUUUACGGAUCAGUGACCUAAAAAUGGAAGGACAGAAGCAGCGCCAUCCUUCUGGGGGAGUUUCAGUCUCCACUGAGAUGGUUCUUGGACUGGAAGGAGUAGAGCUGGGUGCUGAUGGCAAGGUUGUGUCCUAUGCAAAAUUCUUGUAUCCGACCAAUGCCCUGGUUGUUCGCAAAGCGGACAGCCAUAGUGCUGUUCCCUCAUGUCGAGCCGGUGCUUCACGGAGUCUUCCUGGGUCAAGAUACAAAACUGUGACAGCAAAAACGAUACCAGCAGGCACAGACAUCGGAAGCGAAGCUGGGGAAGCCGCAGAGUACGAUCCAAAUCUUCUGGAUGAUCCUCAGUGGCCCUGUGGGAAACAUAAACGUGUUCUCAUCUUUGCCUCUUACAUGACUACAGUCAUAGAAUACGUGAAACCCUCGGACCUUAAAAAGGACAUGAAUGAAACCUUUAGAGAGAAGUUUCCUCAUAUCAAGUUAACACUGAGCAAAAUUAGGAGUUUAAAGAGAGAGAUGCGGAACCUGAGUGAAGAGUGCAAUCUGGAGCCGGUUACUGUCUCCAUGGCUUAUGUUUACUUUGAGAAGCUUGUCCUCCAAGGCAAACUCAACAAACAGAACCGCAAACUGUGCGCUGGCGCUUGCGUUCUGCUUGCAGCCAAGAUCAGCAGUGAUCUCAGGAAACAUGAAGUUAAACACCUUAUAGACAAACUAGAAGAGAGAUUCAGAUUCAACAGAAGAGAUCUCAUUGGGUUUGAAUUCACCGUCCUUGUAGCUUUGGAACUGGCGCUCUAUCUUCCUGAAAACCAAGUUUUACCUCAUUACAGACGGCUCACACAACAGUCUUAACCAAAGCUGUGUUCCAGCUGACAGCCGGCGGUGCUGGGGAUCGCAUCAUGGAACGCUGCUGGCGACGUUGCCACCGGCCUUUCUGCGCCGCUGCGUGCAUCCUGCCGUGGCCACAGCGGGUUUCGAAGUCUGCGGUGUGUUAUUAAACUGUCGAGGUGUGCGUUACAGACCCGUAUGCCAAGUCUGGGGGAUGGUACGAGAAGAGUUGUUGAACUCUUUAUUUUCUUUUGGACAUUCAAAGCACAAAUGCUCACCAGUCAGCUGUCACGGCUGCUUAUUAUUCCUUAUUUAUCUUUUUGGUUUUACUAAAACUGUUCUUCCCUAUGAAGAAUACUAUGGUAUUGUUUCUUCAUAUUUUUUUUAAGGCUUUAUUGUAUUCCUUGAAACUAAAGGAAGCAUCACUUUCAUUCCAGUGCACCAUAAAGCUCAGAUGUUUCUAAGAAUCUUCUCGCAUUUUUACAUUAAUGAAAUGCAUACUUUAUUUUUUUAAAGAUGUGCCUAAAACUGGCUGGUCCGGUACCAGUGCUUUUUAAGUUAGUUGUGUUAUUUAGUGGGGAAUCCUGAAUUUGUAUUGGUGUUUAUUCUUUACCUGCAUUGGCCUUGCAUACAAGGAAAACAACUGCAGUGUAUCUGCACUGAGGAUACACAGGGCAUCUGUUCUCUACAGUGCUAUAGACCUGUAAGUAGCAAGAUUGAAAUGACUCCGUUCCAGUUCAGUUUACUGUUGUUACCCUAGAAAUACACAUUUUACUUAAAAAGGAAAGAGGAUUUGAAAAUCUGUCAUGAAAUACCACGUGUUGAACAAGGUAGCUGCAGCAAAGCGAUUGCCAUCCUAAGUCACGCUUCAGCGGAAGAUGAGCGAUUUGCUGUCAUGCACCUUUUUGGGGUUUUAGUGGUUUCGCCGUUCUUUAGUCUGAAACAAGCACUUUUUGGCACGACUGUAUUAUAUAUGGUCUUACGUGCUCUGAGCAAAUACUUAAGUCAGUCAAGCGACUGCUGCCAAACGAAGCCAAUGGCACAAAGCGUGCUCGAUAUUGAAAAUGCGACUUUUUUCUUUUUUUUUUACUCUGUUCUUCCAAGCAUUGCAUCACUGUGACGGUCCUCGGAAAGCUGGAGUUUGUUGCACAGCUGAGCAGCCCCUUCAGGGCUGGUGCCCAGCAGUGCCCUGACGCUUACAUAGAGGUUAAAUAACUUCUCUGACCAUUGGCUAUUCCUUCAUUUGUUGGUUUGGUUUUUUUUUUUUAAAUGUCCGGGUUGGGAAUUAACUCUGAUCUGUGGAACCUUCUGUGAUACUGGCUCUUGGGUUUCCUGAAGCAAUAUUACGAUAAGAGUAACUGUGUCCACUUGCAAGGAACAAAACUGAUGCUUGGCUGUUACGACUGAGACAUUUGUAAUUGAAGUUUGACUCCUAAAUGAAAUACUAGACCUCGUGCUGAGGUAAGGGACCUGCUAUCUAAUAUGUAAAGUAAUGUAAAUUCCUGUUCCUUGUAUUAAAUGUUGGUUGUAGGCAAAAACAAAGCUGAGUCUUUGCUCUUCAGCUGUGUUUUGUCUGAAGCUAAUUUGCCUUCAUUAGAAUCGCAGCAAACUUUACUGGGGCCCCUUCCUCUUUGAGAAGGGCUUGAAAUGUAUUUUUCAUAUGUAAUAAUUACAGUGACUAUCAACUCUUUUGUAACUGUGUGCAGCGGUACGUAGCUUCCAGUUAUUUAUGUAAAAUUUUAAUACGCUUGUGACUCCUCUCUAACACAGAAGGACUUUCCAGCCUCCGUAAGUGAGAUGGUAGCCGGUUACGGUCGACGAUACGCUUGCCAGUUGCCUUCCAGAAGGGUUAAAUUGCCUGCUAGUUACAUUCAGUAGAACAUUUAACUGCCCCUGCAUGCCAGAAACAGUGGUGUACUGAACGCCUGGUGUAUAACGAGCCUUAAAUUAGCAAACAGUGGUGGAGACAACUGAAGGGGGCCUGCUACAUCCCAAAGUCAUUAGGGGAAAGAGGUAGAACUGAGCGAAGAAAGGGCUCGCAUGGUGUCUCCGUGAAUCGGAAAACACUGGUUACCAUGAACAAAGCCAGAAAGUGUCUUUCUCUGGGAACUUCUUUCUGGCUAGUGUGUAAAGAGUUUUCUGUCACAAAAUUAACUUUCCUUUCUCGCUAUCUAAGGAAGAAAAAUCGUGCUUUGGUUUGCACCACUCUGCGGUCGCUGUUCAGUGGAAGCUUGUCUAGGGGCCUUGGGGCUGGAAGUAGGCUCCCAGAAGCCGUGGUUUCAUGUCCUAGAAAUGAAAGCUUUGGUGUUCCCUUUCGGAAGGCGGAUGAUAAGGAGUGUUAAGCUACAGAAUGUUGGACGUUGCCUUGGGCACAUGCAGCGUUCUUGAGCUCGCAAGCGGGUUUGGAGCACGGGCCAAAACCACUGCCGCAGUGGAGCACAAACGCUGCACCCAUGCCUCUGGUAGAGCGCGGCUUUGGGGCCGGCGCCGUCCCCAGGCGUAGUCCGCGGUUUGUCCGUCGGUACCUCCGUUGCGAUGUCGGCGCAGGAGCGGGUACCGUCACCUCUCUGUGUUGUGGGGGGGUUGAUUUUUUUUUUUUUUUUUUUUUCUCUGAGGGUGUAGCUCGCCAUGCUGUGUGGGGAAUAUUCAUCUUCUCACCUAAAAGCUGCCACCGUGUGGCAAAGGACUAUUACUGCGUCACCAAGUAAUGAACUCGCCCAGCUUUAUGUUUUUUUCACCAAUGCCCAGUUCCUCUUGGGCUGCAGAGGAAGGCUGGCUGGGGCUGAGGGCCAGGGAGGUGCCGCUGGCUUGACCCAGCGCACCGAGCUCGCGC